UACGCGUGUCUGUUAUGAACCCAAAAUAAACCUGGAAAUUGUGCAGCAAGACAAGUGCUUUGUUUUGUUUGUAAAUUAUUUAUACAAGGGUACACGCUAUUUCAUCCAGCUAGCAUUUGAAGUUACAUGCUGUGUACAUUUAUUUUGCCUGCUUGUGAAUAAAUAAUGGGAAAAUACUUCUGCAAUUGCUUGAAUGUCAUCGUUAAUGUAACUACUGACGGGGUUAGAGAAGUAAGAGGUAGAGACCUGAUACAAGUUGACUUCAAUGAUGAAUUAGAAAAUUGCGACCCCUUCUUCAGUGCAAUGUUACUUGAUGUGAAGCUGGCAAUAAGUGGAGUUGAAGUGGCUCAAAGCAUGCUUGCAAAGGAAAGACCUUAUGGAGACUGGAUAGUUUAUAAUUGUUUAAAUUGUGGAUGUGAUACACAUGCACUUCAUGCAAUUAAAGGAGUGGACCGAGUUCUUUUACCAACAACAAUGGAGCAUGACAAGACAUUGCUUCAAACCAUUUUACAGUCUUCAUCUUACUCCACAACAUUUAAAAUGAAGGUUUUUAAACCAGAUGAAAGAAAGGAAAAUACAGCAGUAAAUCUUCAGCAGAAAAACAUUUAUGAAGUAACAGAAAAGCUUGACAAAUUUUUACAGAAACUGAUCAAGACAGAAGAAGAAGCAAUGAACGAAAAAAUUCGAAUAUUCAAAGAAAAACAGCAUUAUCAAUUUUUGGAACUCACCAGAAAGGCGAAUCAGGACAAAGAAUAUAUUUUAAAAAACAUCAGACAAUACGAAAUAUCAAAUGAUUCUCUCUUUGAUUCCAUCAAUGAAUCAUACUUCGGCACACCAUUCCCCGAAUCAAGAGAUCAGUCAACUGAUCUUCCACAAAUAAUAAGAGCACGGCCAAUACCAUUAAAAAGUGUAGAUCAGACUGAUAACUCUACCAUUGCCCAGUCUUUGCCAACAAGGAUAAUGUCACCUAAAGGAAAAGGGUUUUCCAGAAAUAGUCACCGAACAAGAAAUUCCAGUCAGUCAUCGAUGAGAAGCCGGACAUAUUCUGAAAACGAUGAUGCACUUUUUGACCUUGAAGGAUUCCAUGAUAGUAAAAGUUGUGAGCCGUUUUACGAAUCAGAAGAAGACAGCAGCGGUGAUGCAACAAGCUUAGAAAGUAGUGGCGGAUUUGGCAUUCCACAUACUACGCGUGGUAUGGGUCACGGUAGUAGAGUAUAUGCUACGUCAGUUCCAGUUGAAAUACCACUAUUUAUGAACAUGAAAAACUCAUAUGAACCUGAGAGUGAUGAUGAAAACCAGGAACCAUCUCCUUCACCAAAUCACAUAGCAGAUUCAAUCAAAGCUCUUGCAAGAAGCAUGCAAGAUUCCACUGGUAUGUUUGGUGAGCUACCCAAACCUCGACUAAAUAUGCCUUACUCAUUAAGGUGAUAUAUAAAGAAGAAAAAAAGUUGUGGCAGAAUCUUUCAAUAAUGUUACAGUUUUGAAUUUUUUCAAUUAUUUCUUUCUAUUUAUUUAGGAAAGGGACUAUAUAUUUUUAUGAUAUUCUUUCAUAGUUGUCAUUUGUGUAAAAAUUAUUUUAGGAGAGGUAAGAAUUCACGUUACAUUUGUGACGUUUAAAAAAUAUGAGAAUAUGAAAAACCAUAAACAUACUGUUUUUUUAAUUUUACAUUAUUUGCUUUAUCUGUUGUUUCAAAUCCUUGAUUUUUUAUUUUUUAAUCAGUCUCCUUGGAAACCAGAUAAACCAUCUUUUCCUCACGCCCCCAUUUUUUUUAAUAUUUUCCGGAAUGAUGAAUUUUCAUAUUUACCCAAAAGUCACCUUCCCAGGCCCAUUCCCAUAAAAACCUAUUCAUUUACUUAAAUUAAAUUCUAGCAUUUUUCUGAGAAUUUUUUAAGGAUUAAUCAAUGCGAACAUGGCUAAAUUUACAAAACCUCCAAAUUUUAAAAAGACUUUCUUAGGUUAUUUGUUUAGUUACAGAGCUUUUUUUAUUAUGUUGUUAUGUUGUUAUUAUGUUGGUUUCUAGAAUAAAUUUCCAUGUUUUUACAACAGGUUUGUCAAUGCUGGUUGAGAUUUAUAUAUAUAUUAUUCCUACGUUAUUUCGAGUAUGUCAUUUUUGCUUUUUUGUUUGUUUUUUUUUUACUGUUUUUGGUCCAUGUUCUCUUACAUGCAAAUAUUUGUUUAUUCUUUGGAUUUUAUAUUAUAAGGAACGCAAACAGAUAAACAAACAAACAAACAAACAAACAAACAAACAAACAAACAAACAAACAAAACUACAAGAAUACAAUUAACUUCAGAGGAAUUAAUUCAGUUUUUAGUUUCUUUUAAGUUUAUCAUGCAGUACAUUGAGGGUACUAUAUGGGGCAGGGCUUUUUUUCUAUUUACAAAAAAACCCAAAAAGAUAUAAAAUUAUUUUCCUGUGGAAGUAACGGAAGUAGUUUAUUUUCUUGUACAUAAUAUUUGUUCUUUCUUUUUUAAAGAAUAAAUAUAUUAUUAUUAUUUUUA